AUGAAGGCCGAGGAUAAAAUCUACAAAGAUAAAUCUCGUUAUCUAUGUGGUCUGCAAAAUAGUUUAGGGAACUUGAACUUCACCAUGAUGAGGACAUUCUUGUUUGUUGCAAUAUUUACGAUAUUUUCAGGCAUCAAAGCUGUUCAAAGCCAAUGCCUGCCUGGCUAUUAUAUAGUGUGCUCACACAAUGAAGCCAUCAGGUGUAACGUUAACGGGAACAACAGAUGUGAGUGUUACUGUUCACAGGACUCCCAGUGUAAUAACUGUCCGGCAGGAACCCUAGGCUUCUGUAUCAACGAGAAAUGUGUCUGCGAGACCAACAACUAUUGUCCUGGUGGGAACAACUUUUACUGCCUGAAGAACUUUCCAUGCGCACACAACGAAUCGAAAAGAUGCAAUCAGAAUGACAGAUGCGAAUGCUUUUGCGAUAUAGACACCGACUGCAAAAACUGUCCGGCAGGAACCCUAGGCUUCUGUGUCAAUAAAAAAUGUGUCUGCGAGACCAACAACUAUUGUCCUGGUGGAAACAAAAACAUAUUUUACUGUUUUCGGAAUUUUCAAUGCUCGCAUAAUGAGUUAAGAAGAUGCAAUCAAAAUGAGAGAUGCGAAUGCUUUUGCGAUAUAGACACCGACUGUAAAAACUGUCCAGAAAAAGGAUUCUGUGUUGAUGGGAGCUGUGUAUGCGAAUCGCAGAACUAUUGUCCUAAAGGAAAUCAUAUCUAUUGCCUUUCUCUGAGUUGUGAUCGAGGUUAUACGAGCAAGUGCAAUUCAACAAACCACUGCUACUGCGCCUACGUACCUGACACUUGCAGCAAUAACGACGUAUCAAAAUGCUAUCAUUUAACAUGUUUACCCGGGGAGAAGAAAUAUUGCGAGGGACGAACCUGUACCUGUAAACCACUGGAUUAUUGUCGGCAGAAUGAUGGUGACUGCAAAAACUGUCCGGAAAAAGGAUUCUGUGUUGAUGGGAGCUGUGUAUGCGAAUCGCAGAACUAUUGUCCUAAAGGAAAUCAUAUCUAUUGCCUUUCUCUGAGUUGUGAUCGAGGUUAUACGAGCAAGUGCAAUUCAACAAACCACUGCUACUGCGCCUACGUACCUGACACUUGUAGCAAUCACGACGUAUCAACAUGCUAUCAUUUGGCAUGUUCAGCCGGGGAGAAGAAAUAUUGCGAGGGACGAACCUGUACCUGUAAACCACUGGACUAUUGUCAGCAGAAUAAUGGUGACUGCCAACACAAGACAUGCGAUGCUUCAAAAGCGGAAAUUAAUGUAUGCCUCAGUGGAACAUGUGGUUGCCUGGCAAUUCCCGAUUUCUGUGGUGGCGAUGAUACUAGUACAUGUCAGCAUACCAUAUGCAACCGGUAUCAAGUGAAGAAGUGUGAGAAUGGGAUGUGCAAAUGCCAGGUCAAUCCGUCUUGCAAUUCUAAAGAAGGGCUUAAUGAUACUUGUACCCCUGAGAACACUUACUUAGAGGUGAAAGGAACAGACGGUAAAUCCUAUUAUGCCAACUGCAAUGAUAGUUAUCCGCACUUCCCGCUCUGUGUUGAAGACAGGUGCCAGUGUGUGUAUUGGAAGACUCCAUCGCCAAAUUUUACAUCUGAAGGCAGCACAAUUCCCACGAAUUCUAUGACAAAUGUGUCUGGUUCUACUGUUUCUUCCACGGUAACAAGCCAAAAGACAGAAGCAAUGACAGAUAGCAGUACUCCAAUCCCUACAGAUCAACCAACAGGAGCCUCGCAGGCUACAACUCAAGCACCUGUACCCUCUACAACAUCAGCUCAAACAGUAUCACCAACGACGACCUUUUCAACUUCUGUCGACACUACAGCCAGUACAACUAACAAAACUCCCCUGUCAACAUCACAUCCACCAUUGACAACAACAACAACAACAACAACAACAACAGCCGCCAUAUGUGCCUCUAGGAUGGACUGUAACCAACAGAACACCCAUGCAACGUUUUUGAGCUUCACCAUGCCGUGUCCUGUGGACCAUAUUGACUGUGUUAACAGCAUGUGCUUCUGUAGUAUUGACAAGAUAACAACAACUACUCGGGCAUCGAGCACCACAACAACAACACCAGUGCCAACAACAGAAGCGACAACAACACCAACAACAACAACAACACCAGUGCCAACAACAACAACACCAGUGCCAACAACAACAGCGACAACAACAACACCAGUGCCAACAACAAUAGCGACAACAACACCACCAACAACAACACCAGUGCCAACAACAACAACACCAGUGACAACAACUACAACAACACCAGUGACAAUAACAACGGCGACAACAACAACGGCGACAACAACAACACCAGUGCCAACAACAACAACAACAUCACCAACAACAACACACCAAACGUCUGGUUGUAAUAAAUCAGGAAGUAAACCCUGUCCAUCGUGUGACGCCAAUCUGAACUGUGUGUGGAAUCAGACAUGCGCAGAUAGUGAGACGUGUAUGGUGAGAGGUGUUUUGGAACACGGCUUUCAGUUCUCUGUCCAUUGUAUAUUAAGUUCAGAUUGCCAUUUAAUGAAUUUUUUAUCCAACUACACCGCGGAGAUCUACUGCUGUGACGAUCGAAGUUGUCUCCAACGUUAUCUCGGAGUUUGAUUCUGGUGAAAAUUGUUUUACCAUUUGAAAUAAACCACAUAUC